GGCAAAAACGUCAGCGUUGUUUGUUAGGGCCCGGAUUGAUGGUUGGGACUGGAUGGGUGACGAACAACGCGCUACGAUCACAAACAGAGAAGAAGCAAACGGUUUGACAAAUGCAGGUGGUACGACAACCUUCCCGUCUACUGCUCAGCACCGCUUUGCUGCAUCUCCUUUCCAAGCUCCUCCUCCUCUUCAUCGUUCUGUUCCGUUUAUCUCUACUGACAACCCGUACUCUUUGUCUAAGCCUCAGUGCAUGCAUGUCGUUCUCACAGACCUACAGCUUCUCAGUAAUGCUGUUUUGAAGGCAGGAGUGGCUGUUAAAGAUGCUGGUCUGGUGGCAAGUCCCAUGUACCAGCUGGCAACAUUCCUGACUGAUUCGUUUAGACAUCUCCAUGCUUACUUGGAGGAUGCAAAUACAAACAGUGGAAAUGAGAGGGGAUUAGAAGACAUUGUUGUUAAGGUGUUGUUGGACCAAUUGGCCGUAACUGCUCGUACUCUGGAAGUUCAAUGUAGACAGAUCAGCGAGUAUGCAGCACAUCUUGCUAAGCAAGCUAAACGAUUAGAUGAAAAGCAGUUUGGCAUUGAUGAGGUGGUAGACAAAGCAGCCAGCAGCAUCCGCUUAGAGAAGAGAGCACUCGAUAUGGCGGCAGAAGAGUUGGAGAGAAAGGUUCAACUAGCAAGUGAUCAUCUUGCAUCUUCCAAGAUCAGUGUUGUUCCUGGCCGUGAUGAGAAUGCUGCACUUCUUGUGUCUCAACGUGAACAAUUACGUUUGCAGAAGUUGCUUUCGCAACGACAGUUGGAGCUAAAGGGAUUACGAGAACAACAUCAAAUUGUCAAAUCAGAGAUGCUGUCAAUGCAAAGAUGUAUGCAACAUGCACAACAUGAAAUGGAAGUAUCAAAGAGAAGAGCACACAAAGAUAUACAAGAUCUUAGAGAAAGGUGUGCUGCUGCACGAGAUCAAUCUCGUAAAGCACAAGCAUUGGCUGCAACAGAGAGACAGAAGGUGCAAAUUUCACUGCUUAAUGUAGAAUGCCGAGUGACAGGCAUAUCAUCCUAUCUACAGCGACACCAACAAUCUGUGGCUCUUGCCAAACAACAACAAGACAUCAGUCGUAUGAGAGAUUGCAUCAGAGCAGAGAAAACACUGAGAACACAAAUCAAGGCCACUGAGCAGCAGAAUGCAGAUCUGUCCAACAGGUGUCAAAAGUUAAAGAAAGUUCAUGAUCUCGACAAGCAGCGUAUAUCGCAGAUGGAAGCAGCAUUGGAACAAAGAGCUGUCAAGUGGGUCAAGCAAAAGCAUCAACAGCAAACAACUGAAGAGUUGCAACGUUGGAAGAACAUCAUGCAGCACCAGGAAGCCCUCAAACAAAAUUCACAGUCACAUCUUAGAAGACAGCUAGAACUAAACCACAGAACAACGGAGCAGUGGAAGGCAACCAAAGAUUUAUCACAUGACAGCUCAAACAAUAGGAGCAAGUCUGUACAUCUUCCUGUCCUGCAUGGAGAUGAAAACAAAUUCUCAGUUGAGAAUGGAAAAACAAGAAAAGACAUUCGGACAUUUCCUGAACGUGUCAGAACACGACUACAGAGAGUAGAUUGAUCUAUUGUAAUUUAUAAUGAAUUUACAAUUGUUAUUUUAUGAUUUAGGUAGACUGUAUAGAAAGUAUAAAACACUAUGGCAAA